CCAGGAAAAUGUUCCUAGAGCUGUAACCGCGUCCUUUGUUAGUUUCAAUUCAUCAACCAGGAAGCUCCCGCCUGCUUCCACCUUUCUCCCGGCGCACGGUCCCAGGCCUGAAGUUGCGGCACGAUUUCAACCGGUUCUGUAACGAACAAACUUCCUACCGAACAGGCCGCCUUCCACCACGAACACUGCCGCCGUCAGAGCCUGAUCGCCAUGCUCAUCAAUGGGGAGAAAUGGGCUUGCGAAGCCUGUGUGAGAGGGCACCGUGUCAGCAACUGCCAACAUGCAAAUCGGCCACUCCAACACAUCAACAAGAAGGGUCGGCCGGCGUCGCAAUGCCAGCACUGCCGCGCCAUGCGCAAGGCGCGCUCUGCCCACACCAAGUGCAGCUGCGGGGAGAAGACACACAAGUGCGCGCACAUGAAGGCCAGCGUUGAAGGCCACAAGGAGAGUUGCUGUUGCAACCAUGGCGGUCGUUGUACCUGCGCACAUAAGAAGGAAGUCCUGCAACUUACCCCGGUUCCCGAAUCCGACUCCGACGACAAGGACAAUGCGCCGACGGCGAAGGGCCCCAGGGGAGGAGUCGGUAGUAGGAGACGCGCAAACACUGUCCAGCUGGACGGGGUACUUGCCUUCGACGACCACGGCCACCACAAGCCGACGCACAAGCACGCCAAGGCCUCGCUGAAAUGCGGGCCCUACCAGUUGGACCGCGCGAACUCGGCGCAUGUUGCCGGCACCCUGGGCCGCCGCUCUGUCGAUAGCGAUAGCCCGGGCGAUUCUGGAUCCACCGACUCGCCUGUCGGCACCAGUGGGUCUCCUCGGGACCAGUGCCAAGCCGACUCGGAAGAGGCAUCGCCGUUGAUGACGGGCUCGUCCAGCUUUGCGGACCUGAACGGCCGGCUACCACCGCUCGAUCUAUCGGGGAUUGAAUAUCCCCCCUAUAUGUCCAACGGCUACGAUAACCUUUUCGGCAGUCUGUCGGACCACGAGCCCCCGAUGUUCAGUGCGGGACUCAGUGCGACCCCGGUUGACUGGAGCCACUAUGAUGGGCUUGAGUUUGCCAGCAGAGCGGCCGACUUUGCGCCUUCGAACUACAGCCAGCCCCAAAGCUAUGGUACCUUUGACCUGAAUGGUUCCGAACAGCCGACUCUGACCACGAAUACAUCGACGUCCGGAGAGGUGUCAGAAAUUGAGGACUUCCUUCCGAACAAUAUCGAGGACUUUGACGAUGCCGGGUUUGGCACCAGCACCACCAGCAGCAGCUUCAACCUUGCCCAGAUGCACGGCAAUCUUCUGUCAAGCGCCGACCUCACGCCACUGUCGUACAACGACUUCAAGCUGUUGAAGGCCGGGAACAAGUUCCUGCCCACCCCAGCAUCCCUUGCGGGCGAAGAACCUGUCUUGGCUGCGACCACCUCUGGCGGGAUUGCCAACUACCAGCUUGUCGACGAUGACACGGCUCUCUGGAUGAGCGACUACGCGCAUGGACUUCCAGGGUUGCCGAAUUUGACCGACUCUCCAGAUCCGAACUUGCCCAACUUCUGGGAGGCUCAAUGACCAGGAAUAACGCGCGCGCCUUGGCCGAGAUCCAACCGCUUGCAACGGCUGGGGCAGCAGAGAUUCUGGACAAGCCCGAGACAUUUACCUUCGUAUAUAUGAUCGGUUGACAUUGGUUAUCUAUUCAUUUUU